AUGCUGGCCAUCGCGUUUGCUCUGCUGAUUUGGGAGGGUGGCAGAAACGUCGUCCCCGUCGAGGGUACGAUAGAUGUUAACCUCUCGGAGCUGGAGUACUUGGCUGCUCGGCUGGGACCGCGCGAGUGCCGUAGUCUCGCCGCCGCGCUGCACUACGACUCCUUCGAGCUGCCCAAUGAUCUGGCCAAGGCAAGUCGAAAGGUAGACCCGAGUCUGCCCUGUUUGCGGCACCUCUUGCACUGGAAUAACGGCCUCGGGGAAGGCCGAGGCCGGUCGCACGAGCUCUUGGAGCGCAGGCUGCGCCAACUCGGCAGGAAAGACCUGGCCGACUGGUUGGGCAGGACUGUUUUCGCGGAGCUCAGCAAGGACCUGCUCAGGGUCGUCGACGAGCCGCUCGGCAAAGUCACCACCGAAGCUUACACCGAGAGCCAAUCGACAGAGACAACGACUACCUCGGGGAAAUCUCUUGGCAACGAGGACCAUGGAUUGUGGGUACUGGUCAAUUGGAUUGUCUUUGGGCUGUUGGGCGUGCUUGUUUUCACGCUCGUUUCUCUACUCGGUCUGAUUGUCAUCCACAGAGUCGCUCGUUGCAGGUACGACGAGUACUCGGCGGUGGAUCGAUCCGAGUGA